AUGUCCAACGAACAGCCCUACGACCCCUAUAUCCCCAACCAGGGUGGUGCUGCCCCCAGCGCCUCCCAGCAGCAGAAUGGAAACCAGCGCACCGCGGCGCUGCAAGCGCAAAUCGAUGAUACCGUUGGUGUGAUGCGCGAGAACAUCACAAAGGUUUCUCAGCGUGGUGAGCGCCUAGACUCCCUGCAGGACAAGACCGACAACUUGGCUGUUUCGGCCCAGGGAUUCCGCCGGGGUGCCAACCGCGUGCGGAAGCAGAUGUGGUGGAAGGAUAUGAAGAUGCGCGUAUGCUUGGUCAUUUGCGUUAUCAUCCUAUUGAUUGUCAUCAUUGUUCCUUCUGUCGUCGUUUCAAAGCAUUAA